AUGCCGAAGAAUCUUAGUGUCGCUGUCGUUGGUGCCACUGGCACAACCGGCUCAGCUAUUAUUGCUGGGCUGCUUGAUUCCGGUGAAACCCAUUUUACCGUGACCGCUUUGGCCCGUCCCUCGUCCGUCGAUAAACCGGCCUAUGACGAGCUGAAGAGGCGUGGUGUGAAGGUCGUUCCGGCUGAUCUUAGGGGAGCUGAGAGCGACCUUGUGAAAGCCCUCUCUGGUAUUGAUAUCGUCGUGUCGGCUAUUGUCUUUACCGAAUUGGAUGCCGAAAUCCCAUUGGCAAACGCAGCAAAGGUUGCUCGCGUAAAACGCUUCCUUCAAUCAGCAUUGAUGUGCGUUAUUCCUCCGAGGGGAGUGGUCAAUUUUCGUGGACAGAAAGAAGACAUCCUCAACCACAUCCAGAAGAUCCGUCUUCCCUACACCUAUCUUGACGCUGGCUGGUGGUAUGACAUUGCAGUCCCUCAGCCACCAUCUCGAGCAGUUCAGAAUCCCUCGGGGGCUUCCUAUCAAGGAAAGCUUGGCGCAGACGGCAACAUUCCCAUUGCGGUUGCGCAGGUUAGCGAUAUCGGUCGAUACGUCGCCAAGGUGAUCGCAGACCCUCGAACGCUCAACAGGCGGGUGUUUGUGUACAAUGAGAUAUACACCCAAAAUCAGAUAUAUAAUCUAGUUGAGAGGUUGACUGGCGAAAAGAUACCGAGGUCCUAUGUCUCGAAGGAGGAGAGCGAGGCACUCAUCGACGAAGCAAAAGCAGCUGUUGCGGCGAACCCUUCCAGCCUCGAAGCAAUGGGUGGCCUGGUGUUAAAUCAGCUUUUUUACUCGGUAACUAUCCGUGGUGAUAACACGCCCGAUAAUGCAAAGUACCUAGGGUAUUUGGAUGGUAAAGAGCUUUAUCCCGCAUUCAAGUUCACUACUAUGGAGGACUACAUCAAGGCCCGCAUUUAG